ACUCUGCUGGUAGAGGCACAGAGACGAGCCCGGGAUGGAGGAUAUGAUGAGAUGCUGCUGGACACGCUCUCAAAAAUGACGGCCGCGAUUAAUCUGUACAAGUCUGAAGGGUUUAUAGAGGUGGAGCCGUAUAAUUCGAGCCCUUUGCAAGGCACCCUGUAUUUUGCGAGGCGGUUGCAGGCAUGAUGGAGUAAUGGGGGUUUUAUUUCUGCACAUUUGAUAACACUACUUUUUUCCGUCUUUUAUUGUUACUUGAAGACACCGGAUUUUGAAAUCAUCAACUUGGCUAAUUGGCUAUUUGGUCUUGCUUUCUUCAUUCUUCAUUCUUUUUCUUUACAAGCAUAAAGCAUUGGUACGCUCCGGCAACCAUCACUCGUACAUGUUUUAUUUCACGACCCAAGAACCACUCCAUAAUUCUAUACCAAACGUAAAUCCAUAUACUUUCGAGUCAAGUACUUGUAAUUCAAAUAACUUUUUCAAAAUGUUAGAUUCUCAGAGGCGCCGUCGUGGCUCCCGCACUUGCGCACCCGGUGAUAAUUAAUACGCUGGCAAUGUUUCGGAUUAUGUCAUUUUCCUGGCUCCGGGACCCGGAUCCAAGGCCCAGAUCUUGCUUUAACCUCCCCAAGAUCGCGCCUCUCACCACCAUCUUCGUCUAUCCACUCCCCACUCAGCCAGGGACUCUCCGACCUCAACUCUGUUCAGCCGCGCAACGAGUGGCGGACCCCGUUGCCCAGCGACUCGGGCCCAAAGUUUCGUGCUUCGUCCAUGGGCGCGCGAUCGCCCCGAUCAAUUGAGCCAUGGGAGACGGUUGCUGCCGUCCAGCAUGUUGACAAGCCACCGCAACGCCUCUUUUCUUUCUUUUGACUUUUCUACAUAAUCUCGCCGACUGCUGCUUUCGUCUCUGUUUACUCUCUUCCACAUAUCUUUGUUUACUUUAUAUACCGCUCUCUCUCAGCUCUUCAUUCGCACUCGACUCUACCACACGCACGCAUUUCGAUAUCAUCUACCAUCGAUUCUAGUCGCUACAUCACGCUC